UUUGAACAACUGCAAUGCUGGAAAUCCUUCAGGAGCGUGACACCCACCUGUUCUGGUGAGUUGGCAAACUUGGAGCGUAUUCCAAUGUGUUUUGGUACGACGUGGUAAGGUUGUGGCUAUUUCGAUUAAUUUUGCUUUUAACAAGAAACAUAAUGGGAAAUUAUUAUGUUGCGUGCGGUUGUAAAUAACUCCAGAAACAGGAAGUGGGAUUCUGUUUCGAAACAGAUUCCCUUUUUCUUGACCAGGAAUUUUGAACAAAUAGAUUUAUCUUGUCUGUAGAUAGAAAUGGAAACCAUCGAUAAGAGCACUCUGCAGCAAGCAUCUCAAGGAUUGCUAUCAGUAGCAAUGGACGAGAAGGAGACAAUCUAUUUGCUCAACAAAAACGACAAAGAGGGGUUUUUGGACGGGAGGGAGGAUUUGUAUUCAUUAAGUAGUGAGGGUUCUAAUGACAAUGCUACUACUGAUGACAAUGAAAUCAUGUCUGAUUUACCUAUGCAUGAUAAACAUUGUGUGCUUUAUUUAUUGUUUGAUGAAUCUGAUAACCGUAGCAGUGCAAUGAACAGGAACAUACACCGAUCAAAUACUUUAAACCUGAUAAUGCAGCUCCCAACAUCCCCAUUAUUUUCAAGUUUGAGUAAGCGAAGAAAAAAUUGCAAGCCGGUUGAGGAUUCCAUCCCUUUGACGUCAUCUGCGUGGUGGCAGGUGUGGCGCGGGAUGGUGCGCGCGCUGCUGGUGAGGCGCGCGCGGCUGGAGGGCGGGGACGCGCUCACGCCCGCCGAGCGGCGCGCCCUCGACAUCGAGGACGAGCGCGCGCGCCUGCGCGCCCGCUACAUCCAG